AUGCUGGUUGGACACCCAAGUGAGAACCUGGCCAUCAAACAUGCCAUCCUCCUCCUUAUCCAAGGUGUCCGUGAUCCGUCCCUUCCUUCCCUACGGGGUGUCCCUGGCUGCCUCUGUAGGGCCUUCUGCUCUCAACAAUGCAUUGGCUACCAAGGACUCUUGGAAGGACGGCUGUCUUGUCAAUGGGCCCCUUGCAGGAAGAAUACCUACAGUUGCAUGGGAGGCAGCUCUCCCACUCUGUGGGUUUCUCAUCUAUCACACCAGCUGAUCUUGAUGGGGUUCCAGAUGUGGGAACAUUGGAACUUGGUGCAACACUUGGAGGAUAAUGUGCAGCUACGUGAGCACAGCCGACAGGUCAACGACGGGAUUCAUUCCCAGUUCGAUAUGGGCCCAACCAACCUUCCAAAGGUUGCCCAGCGCAUGCUCUUGGUCAAGCGCCGGGCAGUACUGAACAAACCCUCGAAAGAUUGGGAGGAGUGGCGAAAGCUGGUAAAAAUGGAACACACGGCCUAG